AUGCACGGAGCCCUCUACGGCGCGCAGCCGGGGCCAAACAGGACUGGAGGCGAAACGGCCGGGCUGUUACACUUCUCUCUGGCAUGUGUAAAAUGGCUGGCCGCGCCCACGUCCGAAACCCGCAAGAAGCGCCUGCAGCGUGAAGCAGUUGAGGCCACAGACUGCGAGUCGCAGGCAGCGGCUGACCGCAAGGCGGCGAGAGCAGGCCCGGCAGCCAUCUGCGCGUGCGCAGCCGUCUCGCUCUUCACAACAGGCCGGAAACUGGCCCGGGUCUUCGCGCGCCGGCGGUUGUCCUGGCAACCCCACCAAUCUCCUGCUCUCCCCUCCACAGAUGCAGUGAGCUGAGUCCAAGGACGCACCAGUCACCCCGACACGCCACCCAAUAUCUACAACGGGGGGCUGGGGGCCCAGCAGCAGCAGUGUCCCAGUGCCCAGGGAAGCAAGCCCAAGAACUUCCGGUUGUACCACCUCCGGGGUCUGGCUCUCUACCUACCAGGCCUCAUGCAGCCUGCCGGCCAGUGUGAGACCCACUGGCUGGGCCAGCUCAUGGCCGGGGGCUGCCUCCCACAACCUGAGGGCACAGUCUGGCCCCUGGACUUGAAACAGGGGGCUCUGGGCUCAGGUAACAGUCACCACUCAGCCCUUCUGGAAGCUCGACAGCCUGGGAAUCUUCUCCCCCCACUUUCCUCAGCUUCCAGUUCCAGCAUGGACCCAGCCAAGGGUGCCCCCUCCCAGCCCGGUCCCCGUGAAGGCUUGGGGCUCAGGCCUAAGAGAUCCUGGGGGGCCUCAGAGGAAUCCACAUGUCCCUCGUGCAAGAGAACGCACUCUGGGGCUCUGGAGAGGCCAUAG